AUGUUGCUGUGUACCUCUGCAUUGUUGUUGGUGGUCUCAGAUCUGGGUUUUUGUCAGGAUGAAGCCUCUCUAGAUGACCAGUGGGAACAGUGGAAAAUCAAACAUGGAAGACACUACAAUGAAGAGGAAUAUCGGAGAGCCAUCUGGGAGGAGAACAAGUUAAAGAUUGAAGCCCACAACCAGGAAGCAGAACAGGGAAAACACUCCUACAGAAUGGGGAUGAACUUCUUUGGUGACAUGACCUCCAAGGAAAUGGCUGAAAAGAUGACUUACCAUGGAGAACAUCCAUCAAAUGUAAGAUUUGACACAGAAGAAAAGGUUGACAAUGGGACUUUCCUACCAAAGUCUAUUGACUACCGCAAGAGAGGCAUGGUGACUCGAGUCAAGAACCAGGGAAACUGUGAAUCCUGUUGGGCAUUCAGUGCUGCAGGGGCCCUCGAGGGCCAAUUAGCCAAGAAGACAGGCCAGCUGCUGGACCUCAGUGUUCAGAACCUGAUCGACUGUGUCACAGAGAGUGAUGGCUGCGAUGGAGGAUUAAUGACAGAUGCCUUCGAAUAUGUGCAAGAUAAUGGCCUCAACUCUGAGGAGGUCUACCCGUAUGCUGGAAAGAAGCAACGGUGCCGCUACAACCGAUCAGCCAUUGCAGCCCAGUGCAAAGGCUUUAACAGGACACAAAAAUGGAAUGAAAGUGCACUGGCUAAAGCUCUGUAUGAAGUGGGUCCUGUGUCUGUGGCCAUCAACAGCAGCUUUAAGUUCAUGUACUACGACAGUGGUGUUUUCUACAACCCUGAGUGUGACAAAGACUACGUUGACCACGCCAUGCUGUUAGUGGGCUACGGAGAGACUGCAGAGGGUCUGAAAUACUGGAUUGUCAAGAACAGCUAUGGGGAGUCCUGGGGGGAAGAGGGCUACUUUCGGAUCGUACGCGACCACGGUAACCACUGUGGAAUCGCCAGUGACGCCAGCUAUCCGCUCAUGUGA